UCGAAAAAGUUCUAUCGACAGUAGCAGGCCUACUAGCCUCAGAAAUAGGGCUGUACUGUCUCUCUUUUACAAUCUGUCUCUUAUCAGUCGCCACCACAACCCUACUUCAAGGCCUGUCUUAAAUGCCUGAAAUCCAAACUGCAGGAUUGUUACAAACUUUGAAUCCUAAUUGUGAUGAUGUUGGGGUUUUAUAAGAGACAGAACAGAGCUCACAGGCAGAGAUAUAACGUAGCUUGUAACAGAUGCAUGCCGUUUACUGUAAGUACUAUCUCUAGACACAAGUGGCACGUAUACACAUUCCAGGUAUGGUGUUAAAGCGAGGUCAAAGGUUACAAUGUAAGGCUGUUCUAUUACACUAAUAUCUUCUGAAAUGAGAAUGACUCGAAAAUUUUAGUUACACUGGCGUAUUUCUCAGUGUUUGGACUUUCAUACGAACAUCCUAAAGCUUUCCCAAAUCGUAAAUUUUCCGAUGUAUGGUGCCUUGAAAACCUGGCCUGUGGUACAACAUGCUGACCACGGGCGGCGCCAAUGUAAAAAAAGGAAACAGCGCUUCUUGCGCCAGAAGUCAAGGCGACAGACAGGUGAAGAAGAUGCAUAAUUCAUGUUCCUUUUGCUUAGUUGCGCGCGCACUUUGCUACUGUACUGUAUGCCCACGGCAUGCGUGUACGUACGUACGUACGUGGAGCCUGAUACAGUGACAUGCAUAUGAAUAUAUUCAAAUUUAAUUUCACCGGUUCCUUGUUUGUCUGUCAUGCAAGAUGUGACAGGGAACCAGUUUUGUAUGGUGUCGGGUGCCAUGAAAUCCGACGUAAAAAGCGCCGUUUUCGUUUUUUAAAAUGGCGCUGCCCAUGGUCAGCAUGUAAAUAUUACAGGCCCGGGUUUCAAGGCACCAUAAAUCGGAGUUGGUCGUGACAUAGUACCUGUCAACCACUUUCCGUCAUGCCACUAAAAACAACUGUCAUUGGUAGCUACCCGAAGCCGGACUAUCUUGAUGUACCUUCGUGGUUUGAGAUCAAAGAUCACACUCAAUUGUUGACCACAUAUGGAAAGUUCCUGGAGGAAAAGAAUGCUUCUGUGGACUUCUGUCAGACGCACGAGAGAGCUGUGAAGGAGGUAUUGACUGACCAAGCUGAACUUGGAAUCGAUGUUGUUACUGAUGGAGAACUGAACAGGGAGAGCUAUGUGUGGUAUUUAUGCCGAUAUUUGCAAGGCUUCAGUUUUGAAAAUUUAGAAGUUUGUACAUAUCGCAAUGGAGCCUGUAUGAGUGCAUUACCGCAAGUUAUGGGCCGUGUAGAUGUAGGCGAUGCAUUUGAUGCCAUAAUCAAGCAAUGGACUUUUGCCCAGGCGAAUUCUUCUCAACCAGUAAAAGCAACUCUUCCUGGUCCAUUAACCAUCAUGGGCACUUCGCAGAACAAGUUCUACCCUGAUGAUCAGCAGCUCAGCCGAGACCUUGUAGUUGCCAUUAACAAGAUUUUCACUGGUCUAGUUGCAGCUGGAUGCAAAUAUAUACAGCUCGAUGAACCUGUGUUCAUGCGCGAGGUUAAGAGAAGUCUUGACUUUGGGAUUGAUCACGCCUCUCGUUGCAUUGAAGGCUUAGGAAACGAGGUUACCAAGGCGAUACAUCUGUGUUGCGGCUACCCCAACCAUUUAGACGAGAAAGAUUACCAAAAAGCUGAUCCAAGGGGGUAUUUUGACAUCGCUGAAAAAAUCGAUCAAGCAGGAUUUGACGAAAUUUCUAUUGAAGACGCCCAUCGACGGAACGACCUAUCACUUCUGGCACUUUUUAAAAGGUCAAAGGUCAUCCUGGGUUCUGUAACCAUUGCAAGCAGUAGGGUUGAGACGGUGUCCGAGAUACGGGACCGACUGAAGAGCGCCCUCAGUCACAUUCCAUGCGAUCGGCUUCUUGUAGCCCCUGACUGUGGGCUCGGAUUCCUGCCACGAAACAUUAUGAGAGAGAAACUGAAGAACAUGGUUGAAGCGGCCAGAUCACUGCCAUAACAUCAACAGAGGAUUCUCACGCUAAUGAACUGAUCUAAACCAACCUAGGGCACCCGUCUAUAAGCGUCUUUCGCCCGUCUGCACCGCCCUUAACAGCGACGUACGGUUUAGACCAACCUAGGGCACCCAUCUAUAAUGCUUUAAUAGGGCGGAGAUUCUGACGUCAGGUAACUGUGACGAAUUUCCUUGAUUCCUUUACAAUAUUAUGUGAUAGGCACUUGCCCUUCAAUGCAUGGCCCAGCAAGGACCACGGAGCUUUGAUUGUCGGCUAUAAAGCCGCAGGCUGCACUGAAUAGAACAUAAAGGACAGACCAAACAAAAUCAAACCAAUCUCAUAAAAUUCCAGUUGUUUUAAAAAAGUUUACUUUGUACUCUUCCUCAAAAAUAAUAAAGUCUUGAAAUCACUACAAAUAUGCGUUUGGCAAAUCAGUAAUUUAUUAGUUGUAAGAGAUCGCAGUUAUAUAGAAACUCUCUGACCAGAAAAAUUUAAUUUGCCGAGACAUUUUCAUUCAGAAAAGGUUAGGCUUGUUCCGAACAGUAUGCUCUGCUCAGUCUUCGAGUGUUCACCAU